UAGGCGACAGCAAUUCUUUGUGUAGAGAACUUGACUUAAAGAAUAUAGUCAGAUUCUUAGCCUUUCACAGUGAUAAAUACAAAGCAAAACAAUGAUCCAUCAAGCAAAGUAACGCAGAUCGUUGAGAUGGUUAUGUUGGUAUAAUGUAUGCAUAUUAUAUUGUGUACUGUGCGCAAGAACCUUCCGAGCAGAGGAAAAAUGGACAGGGUGCAAGAGAUAACGUUGUCGUCACUCUGUGAUUCAGAUUUUGUAAAGCCGUUUAGAAUGAAUUACACACAGAAUGGCAUUGAAAAAAUAUGGGACUUGAUAAAAAUACAUAACAGUGUUUCCAUUUUUAUAUACAACACUACAAGAAACGUAUUGGUAUUUGUAAAACAGUUUCGACCAGCAGUGUAUCUUGCCAGCAUUCCUGAACAUGAUCGAGGGAUGAAAAUUGAUACAAGUAAAUAUCCACCAGAAAGUGGAAUUACUCUUGAGCUAUGUGCUGGUAUUGUGGACAAGGACUUACCUCUUGAAGAAAUAGCAAGAACUGAGGUGCUGGAAGAAUGUGGUUAUGAUGUUCCAGUCUCAAAAUUUGAGAGAAUUAUUGCAUAUAGGUCAGGAAUAGGUGUCUCUGGAGAUAAGCAAACCAUCUUCUAUACUGAAGUGACUGAUAACAUGAAAGUUGGAGAGGGGGGUGGAAAUCUAGAAGAAGGUGAGUUUAUUGAGGUGGUAGAAAUGACCAUUCCAGAAGCAAAGAAGUAUGUGGACAAAGGCACAGUACAGAGCCCUGGUGCAUUUAUUUUUGCCUUAUUUUGGUUUUUCCAAAAUAAGUGUACUUCAUAAUGUGCAAUAUAUAAUGUUAAUUACUAUAAGUAUAAUUGUAUUUUG